AUGAAUCAAGAUGCAAAUCAACAGCAGCUGACAUCUGACUCAACGAUAGAUAUACAUGAAGUACCAGUUACCGAAGAAACACCGUUGACUGAUUUUCAAGAAAAUCAAGAUGAAGGUAUACAGUCAGUUAUACCUGAAGCUUUAGAUUGGAAUACGAGUAUGAUUAGUGGGAUAUGUCAUGAUGGAGAUCUGGUUCGUUUACGGAAUUUUGUGGAAUAUAAGAAACAGACUUUUCAUUGCGGUCGACAUGCAGCUGAAAUCGCUGAUCGACUCGAUGCUGAUUCGGGUCUGUCUCCACUACAUCACGCUGCUCGGUAUCAACAAUUAAAUAUUUGUCUUACACUCUUAUCCAAUAUAGCCUUUGCUUCAGGUGUCAACAUCAAAGAUGCUAAUCAUCGAACACCUCUUCAUUCCGCAUUUCGCUCAUCGAGCCGCAAUAUGAACACCAAUGAAUUAGGUCCUGAACAACAAUUCCAACCCGAAUCUGAUUUCGGAGACGAAAUUCAAAGCAGCGAAGCGUGGCAGCGAGACUAUCAAAAUAAAAUUCUCCAAAGUGCUCAUCCACUGGUUUGUCUCUUCGCUCUGGUAAAUGCAGAUAUCAAUGCCUGCGAUAAAUAUCUUCUAACACCCCUUCAUUACGCAGUUGCUCGUAAUAGCCUUGCUGGUGUGAAACAAUUAAUUGAAUUGAAAGCAAAUAUUGAAGCGAAAGACCGACAGGAUAUUCGUCCAUUGCAUCUCGCAUGUAAGGAAGGCUAUUUGCCAAUUGCCGAAUAUUUAAUUGAAGAAGGCAGUCAAAUCGACGCUUGCGAUGCUGACCUCUGGACACCAUUACAUUAUGCAUGUAGUAAAGGACAUUUAGAUAUAAUUAAAUUAUAUAAAUCGAAAGCACGUCAUGAUAAAUUUCAACAACUAAUUCAAAUGAAAACAAAUACUAACAUGUCGUGUUUACAUCUAGCUGUCCAACAUGAUAAUAUGAGUAUAGUGGAAUAUAUUCUAGCGGAAAUCGAUGAUGAUAUUUUGAAAAUAUUGAUUAAUGAAGAAGACGAAUCGUUUGGAACACCGUUUCAUAUCGCAGCGAGAUUUUGCGAUCCGUCCAUGUUAAAUCUUCUCGAUCGAUAUGGCGCUGAUCCACUCAUAUUGAAUUGCCAACAUCAAUCAGCACUGCAUAUUGCUUGUGCAUCAAACCGUCUAACAACUGUUCAAGAACUCUUGUUGUUAACAAAAGAAUCUCUACUCGAAAUAAAAGAUAAUCAUGGUCAUACUGCAUUAUCUGUAACAACAGAUCUGGAAAUUGUCCGUCAGUUAAUCAACCAUGGUGCUAAUAUAUCCAGUCUUAAUGAUAAUCACAUGAAUGUAUUGAUGAUUGCCGUCAGUAAAGAUCAACUGGACAUUGUUGACUACUUAUUAUCGAAUAUUCAUGAUGAAUCGCAUGAAAUAUUCCAUCAAGUGACUCUUGACAAUCAGCGAUCAAUAUUUCUACUAGCUGUACAAACAGGAUCAAUAAGAAUGUGUUCAUUAUUACUAGCUCAUCCAUUUAUUCGUUGGGAUACAAUUGACAAACAACGUAUGAAUGCAUUUCAUCUGGCUGCCCAAUUCAAUCACUACGAAUUCAUCGGAUAUUUCAGCAAACAAAUUCAAAAUCCGAACAAAUUAAGAGCCUUACGAAGUCGUACUAUUUCAAUGCUAAGAACACCAAUCGAUUCCGACUUAACCAAUCCAAUGCAACCGUCACCAGUUUUACGUACUUAUAUCGAUGCUCACAACGAAGAUGGAAAAACUCCGUUGCAUCUAGCUGCCGAAUAUGGUCAUGCAUUAUGUGUGGAUGCACUUUUAAAGAACGGUGCUGAUCCAUUGUUUCCCAGCUAUCUUGGCCAAUUACCGCUUCAUAGUGCUAUACAGAAUGGUUUUGGUCAAUGCGUCAGUUUAUUACUAGAUGCAUGUGUAAGAAACAAGGCGAAUUUUCAAUCCGCUCUGGCUCGGAGACAAUCUCCAUUGAUUACAGCGUGUCAAGAAGGUUUUGCUCCUAUCGUUCGUUUGCUUCUUGAACAAGAAAUUGAAAUCAUUUACGAUAGUGACAAAGAGAAAAAGAAUCCGUUAGAAGUGGCUAUUGAAUAUCGACAAAUCGAAACCAUUCACGCACUUCUAGAUCAUCCAUCUGCUGAACAAUGGCUUAUGUCAGUCAGAAAUACCAAAGGUCAUUCUCACCAAACGCCAUUGAGAGAUAUGAUCCGCUAUAUGCCUGAAUGUGCAAAACAUGCAUUCGAUAAAUUAAUUUUAAAAACAGAUGAAGUUGAUGCGAAUGGUAACACAUUCGAAAGAAUAACGUUCGUUUAUAAAUACAUUGAUGAUUAUUUUAAAAACGACGAUGAAUUAUAUACAACAAAUGGUCAUUUACUUUAUCGCAAUCAUCCAUUUAUAAUCGCUCUUGAUACUGAACAUCAUUCUUUACUUGAACAUCCAUUAGCUGAGCAGCUGAUAGCACGCAAAUGGAAAUUAUACCGUCCAUUUUUCUAUUUAACUCGUACUUUGUCAUUAUUACUAUUGCUUGCUGUGACAUUCUAUGUUCUCGUUGUUCCAGCACGCUAUGCAAACCCGAAAGAAACUCGAAUUUUAACGCUGAACACAUCCGCGAUUUUACUCCUGCAAAGGAUUAUUGUUAUUUUAGGAUUAAUGAACUUAUUCAAAAUCAUCAUGGAGAUUAUACUUUUCCGUGGUCUGCGUGUUCCAUUUGCGCAAAUAUUUAGUAUUCUAUCGUUUUUAACCGCAGCGAUCGCGUUCAUUCCCUACGAUAAUCGUAUCGAAAUGUUUCAUUGGCAGAUGGAAUUAGCUGCAGUUUCAGUCCUGUUGCAAUGGUUCAAUAUGGUGUUCAUACUACGCUCUGUACCAUUUGUUGGCUUUCGUAUUGUAAUGUUUCAAUCCGUCUUGGUUAACUUUGUUUCACUAAGUUUUGUUAUCUUACCGUUGAUUGUCGCAUUUACGAUCAGCACACAAAUGAUCUUCUUUAACCAUCCGUCAUUCGUUCGUCUUCGCGUGUCUUUGCAUAAGAUCUCGGCGAUGUUAAUCGGAGAAUUCACCUAUGAAACGUUGUUUUUUUCUAAACCAACACUGGUUGCAGCAGCAUCACUUCUAUUUGUACCGUUUAUUAUAAUAAUGACAAUUGUUUUUAUGAAUCUUCUCCUAGGUUUAGCUAUCGGUGACAUACACACUUGUAUGACGAAUGCUCGUGCAAAAGCCCAUGCCUAUCGAAUACGCGAACUUGUGUACAUCGAAUCGACCUUGCCGAGUAUCGCAUGGUUAAAGUUGAAUAUCGUACAAGAGGAAUAUGCUGAUACUGCUGUGAAGAACACAACAUCGAAAACUGAUAGAGAGGAAAGUGAUGCUGAAUAUGAAAAUUAUACUCAAUUGUCGUCGAACCAACUAAAUCCUGUUGAACUUAAUAAACUACUUGAAGUAUUGAUUAUGCUUUGUGCACAGGCGAAGCAAACUCUGGAACAAGAAGUUGGCUAUGAAAGACUGUUGAAACGGCUCUUGACGAUUGCAAAAGUUCAAUCUUCGAAUGAAUGA